GUAUCGAGGCGAUCGGUACGCGGGAGGAAGAAUAACCGGAAAAAAUCUGACGGAGGAGCCGGGUAUAGGCCGCCUAAGGUGAGGCUCGCUCUCGCGUUCCUCACCGGCGGCGCCAGGUGUUUGUAAAGCGGCUGCGAUUAUAUGCGAGCGAGGAAAGGAGAAAGAGAAGAGGAGGAGAGCCGAGAAGAGUGAGCGAGCGAGCGGUGUGUACGCGUGAGACAGCCGCAUUGAAUUGCACUGAAUCAACAGGUAGAUCGGCGGAUCGGUAUGCGUGGGACGACGAUCUCGUACGCGCGUUCUUUCGCCGUGGCGCCGGGAUUCGCCGUGGUCUCCCGCGAAAGAUGCAGCGCGCGAACGAGCGCGAGACGCUACGACGACGACGGCGACGAGUCUUAGGGAACGGCGGACGACGACCGGGAUCGGCCGAGUAGUGGUAGCAGGGAGGAGGAGGAGGAAGAGGAGGGAACGGCGCUCCAGGUGGAAACGCGCGUUCCUCUAAACGUGUGCUCCGCGGCGAAUUCCGCGCAUACCAACGCCGCUGAUCCAGCUUCCCCGCGAGCGGCGGUGGUGGUGGCGGCGGUGGCGGCUGCGGCAGCGUCCGGAUCGGGAGAGUGAUUUUUGUGAUCGCCGUUCUCGUCAAUGACACGCGCGGAAUGCGCUGAGCGAGCGCGCGAUCCCACGCUGCGCUAUACGCGCCGACAUUGUUGCGCGUCCGCCUCGUUGCGCUGGCUUUUAAAAAUCCGUCCGUGCGCGUCCCGACGUCGUGAAGUGCCGUGGGGUGCGUUUUGAAUGCGGCGCAGGGCAAACGCGGAUCUCGCGACGUCGCGAGAGCGACGUUCAGUUUGACCCCGGCGCAUAUAACGGACAAAUGAGUCCGCCUGUGACAUCGAACGUCGUGACUUGUUUAUAGCCGUCUUAGCACGAAAUACCUAUUGGAAGAGGAGAGUAGAUUGGUAAAAUAAAAUAAAAAAUUGCUAAAUAUUCCAAAUGGGCAAUAAAAGCCCAUUAUGGCCCAGUGUCAUCAACCACAACAUCAGCACGAAUUUUUGCCCCUGUGUGAUGUACUAUUUAACAUUAUUUCAUUAGCAUCCUAUUUCUGCGAUGUUGUCUUCGAUUUUGCAAUGGUAUAUGCCCUUGCCCAUCAAGCUACAGCGUCACCCAUAUUGUUCCCAUUAAGCAUCACUUUCAUAGCAACUUCUUUGUUAAUUUCUCAGAUUGUUAGUUUGCGAUGGUACCUCUGGGGAGCUAGAGGUAAAUUAACAAACAGCACACCAAACAAUUGUCGUGUAAAUCCAGUGAAGAGAAUUGGCAACUGGACCGUAGGCUGUGUUCUAUUAUUUCACUCCACUCAAGUCGGUGUACUAUGGAGAUAUUUCAAGUUAUUUAUCCCAGUCAAUUUAACUUACGUGAAGCACGAGGUACGGGAGCUUUGUGUAUUACGGCUGAUACACGCAUUCUGUGAAGCCGCUCCAAUGCUACUUCUGCAGCUGUACGUCUUGUUCGGCGCUACCGACAGUGGUGAAAUAGUAGCCGGGAAACUGAAGGAGAGCGAAGGCAAGGACGCCAGUAAAUUAAAGGAGUUGACACUAGUAUCGGCGGGACUCUCCUUAUGGAGCGUAUGCUGGGCGGUCGCGAGUUUCAGCAAGGGUGCUGCGCGUCUACGUAAUCUGGAACGUUUAGUGCUAACAUGGCUGGGGGUGCUGGCGCAGUUAUUCUGGCGUUUGGGGACAGUGAGUGCUCGCGUCGGAGCAUUGGUCGCGUACGCUUCGCUGUACGGUGGACAGUGGCUGUUGAUCGUGAUGGCCCUCCACUGGUUGUCCAUGUUGACAUGGUUACUGCUCACCCCGGACGGACUCUUCCACGGUGGCGAGCGUCUCCCUCUUUUUAGGAAGACUUUCCUCGCUUCUCUCCUCGCCUUUGUAUAUAUAUUUGCUUAUGUUAAUCUACAUGAGACGAAUCAUCGUCAAAAAAUGGUGAUAUUUUACACUGUAAUGUUCUUGGAGAACAGUCUACUCAUCGGCGUGUGGAUAGCUGGUGUUAAUCGUGCCGAUCUUUUGCCUCACCAGCAUCAUCUACAUCCAGUUACUCUAGUACUUAUUCUACUAGCUUUAUUUUUCGGUGGCAUGUUUUUCAUGGGUCUUUACUAUAGAUUUUUUCAUGUGAGAAGAUUGAGGUACGAGGCUGGUGGAAGAAUGACUGGUUCGAAUCUCACCACGCUAUCCAAUCAGGACAAUGCGGAAGAGAAGCAAAUAGAUUAUAAUGAAGGGAAGAAGAUUAACAUUAACAUUGGCAUGAGGAAAGUUAAAUUAAGUAAUGGCGGUAUACCGGGCGUGUUCAAUUGCCGUUUCGCGAAUCCAACGGUUGUAAAUCCGAAUCGCAAGAAGAAGAAGCCGACCAGCUUCGUACCACCACCACCGCCGCAAUCGCAAACGGGCACAGUGAUAAAUUCCGUAGCAGCGAUAGGCGAUUCAAAACAAUGGCUCAACAUGGGCAAUGGAUCGCGGCAAUUGAUUCCGUUUUGGAAGAAGCCCAUAUCCUCUAAUAUAGUACAGAACGAUGGUUCCAACGAGCGCAAAUAUGAGACUGAUAUGGCGAUCGGUGGCUCGUUGAACGUUACGUUAAUACGCGAGAAACUGAAGGAGAAAAAGCAACAGCAACUGCGCGAAUUGCGAGCGAUACAGGAGGAGAUUAAGGAGGGUAAAUUGUUUCCACCGCCCUCCGCUUCCACAUCAUCAUUUUCGUCCUCUCCUUCCGCGUCUAAUCAGCAACCACCACCGAACACGAAAUUGCAUACCUCCCCGAGUUCGCCUUUAUUCACAUCUCCGCCGUCGUUCUCCGAGCAGAAUGGUGGUAGUGCGUUAUCGUCCUGGCCACCCGUGAAAAUGCAUUGCCUCUUACCCCCGCCACCUUCCUCCCCGUAUUAUCCCAACUCGCAUCCCUCGAAUCCGUGGAGAGCGGCGCCUCAACGAGAACGAGCUGACACGCCGGAGAUAUUACUAGCACCGCGAUGCCUUCCGCAUCAUUAUCCUCAUUGGUCACCGCCUGGACAUCUCAGUCACAGAUUGCACGCGAAUCAGAAUGGUGUCGAAGAAAGUUCCAAAGGCAAGGGUGACGGAGAAGCGGAAGUCAGCGACAUGGAGGGCAGCCAAGUCUCGUUACCUAGAAGUUACACGCUGCCCCGCGAGUUUAAGUAUAAUCCUAACAGCGCUGUAAGAGAACGAGAGCGCCGCGCGGGGAAUAAUAAAAUAUCUUCCUCACGCUUUUACUUGCCGUCCACUAAUAGUUCCGAUGGCGAUGUAGAUAGUGCUGAUAACGAGGACGAAACAGACUCGGAGGCGCAAAUGCAAACGAAGGCCCAUCACGGUCAUAAUUAUGAUGAAAUUCUGCAGAGGCGUCACAUAUACGAAAAUAAUGAGGAGAAUGAUGCCACUGGGCCUAAUGUAGAGUGCGGCGCGUCUAACAAUUGCUAUUUAAACAAUUCCCAUGGUGUCCUGCGACCGAGUCAAUUACUCAGAACACGAGUGAAACACGAAACAAAACUUUAAGUUAUGCUAUAACUCGUAAUAGCAAAUCUUGUCAUGCAUGAGACAUGCGUACAGUGUUCAAAAAUAUCUUUUAGAAUCUCUCCUUUUAAAUGUUAACAGUAUAAAACUGUUGACCUCGUAAAACGGUAUAUUUAAUGGUAUAGUGCAUAAUACAUGCACAUCACAAAGAUAUUUUUUUUGUGAAAGUGUAUUAGCAUGCAAUAUAAUCUAAUAUAAUCUAAUUUAAUUUAAUUUAAUUUUUUUCGUGUUUUGCAUAAAAUUGUGCACGAAGGAAUCACGACCAAUCGAGUAUAUAUUUCAGUACAUCUUAGGAAAGCACAAAUAAUGGACAAAUAUAAAUACAUGACCUAUUGUUGAAAUUCAUG